UAUACAAAUUUUUUAAAGGAGGAGAUCAUCGUCUCUUUCUGUCAUCACUCUUUAGGCUCCUCCAUAUAUUCUUACACCAGAGGAUUGCCAUCUCUCUCCUUCUUUCUAUUUAUAUAUUCUCUCUCACCUUCUCUGCUACAAAUUCCAAAUUUUUUUAAUUAAUUAAGAGGAGUGGAAUAACCAAAGAAAAAUAAAAAAGAACAUAGAGAUAAAAGCCUCUCUUAUAGACAGAGAGAGAGAAAGCAUGAGCACCUCCUCCUCUGUUUCCAUUUCCACAAUCCUUAUUGUUAGAUCUUAGUUUCUCAUCUGGUCCUCUCUAAAAUGGAUUCUGGGUUGAGUUCUGAUUGGUUAUAGGAUAUCAAAUGAUCCAAGAUUGGAUUUAACAAAUACCCACUUCAACUUUUUGAUUGGGCACCAAUCAGAUUCUAUCUUUAUUAUCAUAUAAGGAAAAGAUGGAAUCAGAUCUUGGUAAGCUCUUCAUUGGUGGGAUUUCAUGGGACACUGAUGAGGAACGUCUGAAGGAAUAUUUUAGCAAGUAUGGGGAAGUGGUGGAGGCGGUGAUCAUGAGAGAUAGAACUACGGGCCGUGCCCGUGGCUUUGGUUUCGUGGUCUUUGCAGAUCCUGCUGUUGCGGAGAGGGUCAUUAUGGAUAAGCACAUGAUUGAUGGACGCACAGUUGAAGCAAAGAAGGCUGUUCCAAGGGAUGAUCAGCACAUUUUGAAUAGAAACACUAGUAGUAUUAAUUCUUCUCUAGGUCCUGGACGCACCAAAAAGAUUUUUGUUGGAGGUCUUGCUUCUACAGUUACAGACAGUGACUUUAAGAAGUACUUUGAGCAGUUUGGUAAUAUCACUGAUGUUGUUGUGAUGUAUGAUCACAACACACAGAGGCCAAGAGGCUUUGGCUUCAUCACUUAUGAUUCAGAGGAUGCUGUGGACAGAGUUCUGCAUAAAACAUUUCAUGAACUUAAUGGUAAAAUGGUUGAGGUCAAGAGGGCAGUCCCAAAGGAGCUAUCCCCAGGGCCUAGUCGGAGCCCUCUGAUAGGAUAUAACUACAGUUUGAGUAGGACCAACAACUUCCUUAAUGCAUAUGCUCAGGGAUAUAAUAUGAGCUCAGUUAGAGGUUUUGGAAUGAGGAUGGAUAGUAGGUUUAGUCCUCUUGCCAGUGGUCGAAGUGGAUUUCCUCCAUUUGGUACUACUGGUUAUGGAAUGGGUAUGAAUUUAGAGCCUGGUUUAAGUCCAAGCUAUGGUGGGGGCUCUAACUUUGGCAAUAGUCCAGGGUACGGGCGGAUUUUAAGUCCCUAUUACAGUGGGAAUUCAAACAGGUAUAGUACUCCUAUAGGUUAUGGUGUGGGGAAUGCAAGGAAUGAUUCUGUUUUAAGCCCAACUACUCGGAAUCUCUGGGCAAAUGGGGGUCUUAAUACUGCUGCUAGUCCUCCCAGCCCUGGUGCUUUCUUGGGUUCUGGAAGUGGAAGUUUUGGAGCUUCAUUUGGGAAUAGUGGAGCCAACUGGGGUCCUUCUCAUGUUUCGGCUCAAGGUGGAGGAAGUGCUUCUGGUUAUACCAGUGGGAGCAUGGGUUAUGGGAGUGGUGGUGAUAGCAGCUAUGGGUUGGGAGGGGGUGGUUAUGGAAGGAGCAGUGGCACUGCUGCAGCACCAAAUUCAUCAUUUGCUGGGUCAACUGGUGUUUAUGAAGGGUCCUAUGGGGACUUGUACCGCAGUGGUUCAGCUUAUGGUGAUUCAACUUGGGGGCCUGGCACUCCUGAGCUAGAUGGUGUGGGGUCAUUUGGUUAUGGGCUUGGCAAUAUCGCUUCAGAUGUUACCAAUAAAAGUUCUGAGGGUUAUAUUGGAAGUUAUGGUGUUACAAGUAGACAAUCUAAUAGAGGAAUUGCUACCUAGGAGAUCUGUUACUGGAUGUCACAAGAUAAUUGUAGGAGAAGGGUUGUGAAUUUCGUACAUCUUUCUCCUGAAUAUUUUCAGCUUAUAAGGAAAUUGAUCUAUAGUGCUAACGAGGGUUCUUGAUUUGAAUUAUACACAAUCAGAGUGAAAGCAGUUACAAGGAUUUUGUGUAAGGUUUGAGAUUUGAAUUUCCCUUUUUUUUUUUUUUCGUUGCUUCUUUUAAUUAGUGAAAAACUUAGGUUCCUUUCUUGGCAUUUGAGUGAGGUGUAAAAUAAGAUUGCGGGAUAUAUACUCAGGAAGAUUGGUUCCCAUAGAUGUGUUGUGCAUCUUCAGCGAGGCACGCCAAUGGUAUUACACUUAAAAAUUGGGGUAUUAGAUUUUUAUAUAUAUUUUUUUUUCUUUUUGAGUAAUGCCUGGAGAAGGUGCUGGUUGGUGUCCGUAUAUUUUCUUCUUUAUUUGGGAUUUGUCUGUCUACCAAGAUUGUAUGCAAGGUUCUGUUUGAUCUAUCAGUGUGAAACAUUAUAAGGGAUUCUCUUCAUGUUCCCCUGCAAAUAAGUUACAGAUAUUCUGAUUCAUUUUUUAUUCUGACAGUGUAUUACAAUUAACUAGAUGAAUGUUAAGACUUCAUUCGCGAUUGUUGUUGGCGA